CCUCUGUGUUGAGAGGUAUAGACAUAUAUUUCCAUGUCAAUUCGAUCGAACCAAAUUCGGAGUAAACCGAACGGUUUUGUUAGACGAAGAAUGGAGAGAAGCCAUCAUUUGACAGCCCAAAUAAACUGCAACCUCUGCAGAUUAGAAUCCGAAUGCUAAUGGGCCGAACGGCAAUAUAUGAGACAUUAUUCUAAACCAAGCUCAACCGUAGAUAACCGGAUUCAAAUCGCAAAGGGAAAUGUCUAAAAAAAGCUAGGAGAUAAUAUAAAAAAAGCUGCAAAGUAACAAUGUUAAAAGGUGGUGGCUUGGUAUGGUGACAUAGAGAAAGCCUGUUACCGAGGAAGCUGCCAUUGUCGGCCUGUCUCUAUCUCUUCCUACUCGGUCUUACCACAUAGGAGAGUUCAGAGAUAAUAAUAAUAACUGGAACAAAAUCAUAUUUUUUUCUUUUAAUUCGUAAUAUCUGUCAUAUGGCUGGUUAACUUAUUUUAUAAUUGGGACCAAAAUAAUUUAUUCUUUUAAAUCCGUAUUAUUUAUCAUAAGGCUAAUUUGCACUUUUUAAUCCUUAAAUUUAAAUAUGGUCAGUUCGUUUGUUUUAUGUCUGAUCUAGUUUUUUUUUUUCGGAAAACAUUAUGUAUUAUACGUAUGAUAAGCUUUGGUAAGGACCGCAAGGUAAUCUAUUUUCUGAUAUUGCUUCCAAACGUUUCUAUGCUAUUUCUUUAUUAACGUAUUUAAUCUCAAAAAAUUAAUCAAUCAUGAAAAAUAAAUUAAAUAUUAAAUAUAUACGUAAAAAUAUCACGAAUAAUUCCUCAAGAUAUUUCACAAAGAACACUUCUAUUUGCAUCACAAACUAAAAAAAGUAAUAAUAAACGGCUUUGCUUCAUUGUACCCAAAAUAUACGGUACGACCUUUAACUUGCAAGCUACAACCUUUUGUGUUUCUGCAAUUAUGCUGCACCAUUUUGUAACGUAAAUUCUAAUUUAAAAAAAAAAAACAUAUUUUCAAAGAAAUUAAAAAAGACACUUUCCUAGCGAAGUCACAGGGAGAGAAGAGAACUAGUUAAAAUGUCCGAAUAUUCCCUCAUAUCCAUAAUUAAUUAAUUACAAAUAAUGAAUAAAAUAAUACAAUACAAACACCCCUUGUAUUGUUGUUUGUAUCCACAGUUUUCGAUCCGAAUCACAAACUUCAUCAAUAUGGAAUCCUUCUGAUCGUAAUAACCCUUCUCCUUAUUUAUCUUUCAAACAGAGUUUUCAUUAUUUAAGAGAUUCAAAAACAAAAACAAAAAUAAAAAAGAGAAGAUUUUUAUCUCCGUCCGAUGUCGAUACCUAUUCCUUACGAUGACCCACUCACCACCACCGGCGAACAAACGCCGUAUCCGGCGCCACCGAAGGGCGGCAACACGACGAAUCUUCCAACGAAGAUCCUCUCCAAAAUCCUCGUGGGUUUCAUCAUGAUCCCCGUAGCUUUAACCGCCCUGCUCUUCAUCCUCAUGUCUCUCGGCUUCUCUGUCUUCUUCUUCGCUCUCUACUGGUUUCUCCACCGUAACUACCGCCGCCGCCGCCACCUCCGUCACGAAUCCUCAGACGGGUUGUCUCCCAGAUGCGUGAAGAGCCUUCCGCAGUUCAAGUUCUGCGAGCCGACAAAGUACGGAAGCGAGUGCGUGGUGUGUAUCGAUGGGUUCAGACAAGGGCAGUGGUGUCGGAGGUUGCCUGGAUGCGGGCAUGUGUUUCAUAGGAAGUGUGUGGACUUUUGGUUGGUGAAAGUUGGGACUUGUCCGAUUUGUAGGGAUAGGGUUUAAGAUUGGAAAGACCGAAAGAGGCAAAGAAAGGUGAGAAUUUUUUGAUGGGUGAAGUAGUUUCUCUAGUAGUAGAUUUGUUGUUUAAAGUUUGUUGGUUUACUUUAGUUUAUUACGAUGAUGUUAAAACAAAUUUGGUUUUCAUCAAUAAUCAAUCAUGUACAGUUUAUUUAUUUAUUACAGAGCUCAACAAAUUGAAAGCUUGUUCCUUUCU